AUGGAUUUACUACGCAUUUUAGACACGAAACCAAUACCUACAAUUGUUGAUGCUACUACUCUGGGAAUCUCAGGAAAUACUUCCGGUGAUUAUUGGCUGCCAACUACAAUGUCGCUUUAUCAAAAAGAACUCACGGAUCAAAUAGUAUCAUUACACUACUCAGAUAUCUUGAGAUACUUCGAAACGUCACACUACAAAGAGGACGUCAUUCUCGAAUCUAUGAAGACCAUGUGUUUAAAUGGUUCACUGGUAGCAACCCAUCCAUACCUACUAAUAGAUCAUUAUAUGCCUAAAUCGUUAAUAACUCGUGAUGUUCCUGCACAUUUAGCGGAAAAUAGUGGAAAGUUCAGCGUUUUGAGAGAUCUCAUAAAUCUUGUUCAAGAAUAUGAAACUGAAACGGCCAUUGUUUGUAGACCUGGGAGAACAAUGGACUUACUGGAAGCCUUACUAUUGGGAAAUAAGGUGCAUAUCAAAAGAUAUGACGGUCAUUCUAUCAAGUCAAAACAAAAGGCAAAUGACUUCUCGUGUACAGUUCAUUUGUUUUCUUCUGAAGGAAUUAAUUUCACAAAAUAUCCGAUAAAAUCCAAGGCUCGAUUCGACAUGCUGAUCUGCUUAGAUACUACAGUGGAUACAAGUCAAAAAGAUAUUCAAUAUUUGUUGCAAUAUAAGAGGGAGAGGAAGGGUUUAGAAAGAUAUGCUCCAAUUGUUAGGCUAGUGGCCAUUAAUUCAAUUGAUCAUUGUAGGUUAUUCUUUGGUAAAAAAUUUGACAAGAACAGUAGAGAAUACUUGGAGAACGUUACCGCAGCUAUGGUAAUUUUAAGAGAUCGACUGGGCACACUUCCACCUGAUUUGAGGCCCAUUUAUUCACAAAAGCUGCAUUAUUUAGUAGAAUGGUUGGAAAACCCAACAGUACCGUGGCCAUUACCAGAUAUUUACCCUUUAAAACAAUAUACUUCCAUGGAUGUAGAAAGGUCUUUGUUAACGGAAGUACAUUUCAAAAAGUCAGAUGAUCAACUAGAGGAUGCUUUUUCCAACUGUUCCAAAAAAAGAGGACGCCAUGGUGCUAAUAAGGCAGCAUCUUCAACUGUUGCCGGAAUUGAGGAUAAUAUUACUCCAAGUUUUUACUCUACCAAAAGAUUAAAGAACGAUUAUUAUACAAAUCCUUUAAAACAAGACAUGACACAACUAACAGGUAUUACUACAGCUGACAACUCCUCGAAUGUAAAUUACCACUUAUCAAGUGGAAUCAUAACACACAAACUGAUUCAAUCAAUGGGAGAAGUGUAUAUGGAUAUUUGCGUUCAGAAACAGGAGCUGGAUGAUUAUUCUUGCCUUGAUGAUUUGCAAAAUGAUCAUCUGAAAUUUUUCUCAAAUGAAGAUGAGAAAAUUAUAAAAGAAUAUGAAACCGUAUUGCGAACCAAUAAUGAAAACUUAAAUAGGUCGCAUGAACUAGAAGUUGAAAACAAUUUGAAGUUUUCCCAAAUCGAAACACUGGAAAAAGACAUUGAAACUUUAAAGGGAAGUUUGAUGGCCCAAGGUGAAACAUUAUCAAAGUUAAAAGACGCUUUCGUUAAAACAGACAAUGUACAAGACGAGAUCGAGAAAGAAGAAAGGGUAAGUGUAUCAAGGGAUACUGAGAAGAAAUAUAUGGAACAAGAAAUCAAAAGAGCCGUUGAUGCUAUAAGGGAAAAUGAGGAGGAGACACACAAACUUAAUGAGAAACAAAAUGGAUUAGAAAGUGAGUUGAAAUUGAAAUUCGAAAAGUCUGAAAUCUCUACAAAAGAAUUGAAUGAGAAAAUUGGCUUUUUGAAAAAGGAAUUAAAGCUUGAGAAUGAUCUAAACGAGGAGUUAGUGGGACAGUUAUCGAAGACGAUGGACAACUUGGAAAACUUAACAAUUCCACGAGUUCGUACUCAAAAUGGUAACACAAAAAAAAAAUCCAGGGCAAAAAAACCAGGAAAUGUAUAA